AAAAAAUAACAAAUGACGACUAUUUUGUCACUUGUUGAUCAUUUUACAUGUAAAAAAAUAAUUUGUUGCUAGGGAAGUUAAAAAGCAUGCACCGUAAUUUAGUGUAUAGGUAACUUUAGGAAGAUGGUAGACUCAUCAGAGGCCGAAAAUGGAGAGAUCAAAAGGGCCAUUUCAAUGUGCACGACAGCGCAAGAUAUGAUCGACUUUACGGCGAUAAAAUUGAAAGGAUUACGUGAACAAUGCGAUCCUUCAGAAGAAAUUACACAAAAAGAAAUCCGGGAUACGGAGACAAAAUUGAUCAAGUUAUUUAGUAAGCAGCUGGUAGCAAAAACACAACUGAAAGCUGAAGACAACAAGAAACAUCUGUCAGAAUAUCCCAAAACUGAACAAUGGCUGACCAUAGUGGGGUUAAAGAGUUACAUCUCCGAUAUUGUAAAGAGAGGACUGUCUUUGAAUUCUUUACUAGACAUGACUGUAGAAGAACUUAAAAAUCUACUCAAAAGAUAUGAAGCUAAAGAAGACGAUUUCCACAAGCUAAAUAAUGCACUGCAAAAUCUGAAAAAUUGGACGGAUAAGCAGCUGCAUGGAGAUAGUAGAAACAGUUGUGAUGGAGACGACCUUAGUUGGUCCAAUUAUAAAUCUGCUUCCAGUAGUCCAUUUAGUAGUAGUUCUCCAAAAUAUUCAACAGCCAGUGGCCGUCAGUCUGUGUCGUCACUACCGUCAGAGGCAUCACAACCAUUAUCAUUGCCAACACCAUCACAAAGCACCCCAUCAUCUCCUGUACCUUAUAUAGAUAGAGACAGAAUAAGGCGAACUCCGCCCCCUACUCCUCCUUUAGUUAGACCAAAAGCUGCCAAUAAUUCACGAUACCCUAGUACGCCUCCGCCAAACAAGAAAAAUCACCUGAUACCUGAAUAUCAACCAAUCAAGAAGAGUAAAUCUCACGAGUCACAACUAGCCAAUAAAGUUACAGAUAUAGAUGGCAUCAAAGCGUUGCACAAGCAGAUCAUCACCAUCAGAGAAGAAGAAUUAGAUAGUAGGUAUAAAAAGAAACCAAACUUGUAUCUUCCUAACAAUAAUGAAAUAUUAUUCCGACGUCCUUCUGAUGGGUCAGAAGCAGGUGGUAGUCGUGGUCCCUCUGGACAUGCUUCACCGAUUCUCCCCUCGCCCAUACAUUCUCCUAUAUAUAUUGAUGAUCACAAUAGCUUAGUAGUUCCAAAGUCACCUAAAACACCUUAUAUAAACCAUUAUCCUUCAAAUCAUAGAUUUGAGACAAAAUUUUCUCUAAUUGGAAGUAUCUGUGAUACGUGUCAUAAACACAUCCUUUUGCCUGGAAAAAUUUGCCGGGAAUGCAAAUACAAAUGUCAUCGUGAUUGUGCCGGCAAAGCUGCUCCAUUGUGUGCUCCCAACUUGUACUUAUUAGACCCUAAUAGGCAUGGAUCACCAAGUAUGGUACAUAAGUUGAGACCAAACCAUUCCUGUACUGAGUUUACUAAAGACUCAGAAUCAUCAUCAUGUAACUCAUCGACUCCUUCAUCACCAUUCCUUAAUCCUCAUAAAGAAUCUUACACUCCAUCACAGGGCUUAGCCUUUGAAUUCCCAGAUAAUCCUUUAGAAAAUGAUUUAACUGGUUCCACAUACUCUGUACAUACAGUCAGAAACGGUGAUGUUAUCGGCAGCAACACGUCAGAUGACAGCAGUAAAACUCUGGAAGGUAGCAAUACAUCAGAAAAGACACUGCCAGAACGAGUGAAUUCAGUAGAUAGUCAAGAUGACCCAUUAGGGGGAAAUCUGUGGAGACAAAAUAGUUUAUCUGUGACCCUAAAAGAAUGGGAUAUUCCAUAUGAACAGCUGGUUAUAGAAGAAUCAAUUGGUACUGGUAGAUUUGGUAUUGUUUAUAAGGGCCAUUGGCAUGGUAAAGUAGCCAUUAAAAUGUUACAUAUGGAUUCCGAUACAGAUAACCAAGCUCAGCUGUCAGCAUUCAAACAAGAGGUUGCAAUGUUAAAGAAAACUCGACAUGAUAAUUUAAUAUUAUUUAUGGGUGCUUGUAUGAAGCCUCCACAUUUAGCUAUAGUUACAAGUUAUUGUAGUGGCCAAACAUUAUAUGCAUAUGUACGAAGUACAAAAGAAAAAGUGCAGAUGAAUAAAGCUAUACUGGUAGCUUCUCAAAUAGCACAGGGUAUGGGAUAUCUUCAUGCAAGGGGAAUUAUACACAAAGACUUGAAGUCAAAAAAUAUAUUUUUAGAAAAUGGCAAAGUUGUGAUAACAGAUUUUGGUUUAUUUAAUGUGACACGAUUGUGUCAUGGUAACAGAAAGGGAGAGUGGUUAAACAUAUCACCAGGAUGGCUGUGUUACCUGGCUCCAGAAGUUAUUAGACAGUUACAACCGUUAAGUGGUAAACUAGAUCUCCCAUUCUCAGAAAAAUCUGAUAUUUAUGCAUUUGGGACUGUAUGGUAUGAGCUUCUCUGUGGUGAGUGGCCAUUCCGAAAUCAACCUCCAGAAACUGUUAUAUGGCAGGUGGGAAAGGGACUGAAGCAAUCAUUAGGAAGUAUUUCAGGAACCAGGGAAUUUAAGGAUUUGUUAAUGAUGUGUUGGACUUUUAAUAAUAGUGAUAGACCUGACUUUGCCUGGAUUUUAAAAGCCUUAGACCGUUUACCUAAAAAACCUCUUCAUCGGAGUCCUUCACAUCCUAUCCAUAUAUCACGCAGUGCCGAAUCAGUUUUCACAUGACAAACAUCUGACAUGGGCACAUCAGCUAUUUUAUGUGAUAUAGCCGCAGCAGAGGCUAUAAAUUCUGCCGGGAGUCAUCCCACCACAAUAGACGAGUUGGCCAGUUUUGUGAAUGUCCAGUACAAUUUUUCCAUUCAGGAUGAGGAAUAUAGUUAUGUCAUGAAGAUCACAUUCACACCAUAUGUAUUAUCUGGAUAGGGAAAUUAUAUCUGACCGUGAUGUUUAAAAGGCUGCAAAACCGUCUCCAAAGCUAGCAAAAGAUAAAUGUGUUUUAAUGCAUGUCAAACUAAGUCAAGCAUUUGUUUGAAUUUUCUGUGUUCUUUUAACUAGAGAGGUUCAGAACAUCAGUUUUUAUCACUUUCUUAUUUAUCACCUGUGUCUUUGAGGUCUUCCUUUGCCUGUAGUAAGGAUGUCCAAAAUAUUUUUUACAUUCACUUGUUGGAGUUGGGGGGGGGGAGUAAUAUCAAUAAUGGUUUCAGUUGUUCAAGGCUUUGUUUUUAAUUUGCUGCUUUCAUUAUUUGUUUUUAAGAAAUGUAUACUCUUUAAGUGAAUAAAUAUUAAAUUAAUUGCAUUCUGUUCAGCACAAGUUGGUAUGGUUUUAAAUUAAAGUUAUUCAUUGGUUGCCUUUUAAAGUUGCAAAUUUUGUGAAGGAAGCUGUCAAAUUCAAUAUUGUCUGCUGUCGAACAUGAUACAGUUGACUUUAAUUAAUUAAAUUUUAAUGUAUUGAGAAUAUUUCUGAGACUAUCUAAAAAAAGAUUAAGUUUUAGAAAAACUGAAAUCUUCAAAAGAUUUCAUAUCUUAUAAAAUAAAUUAAGUUAUUUAAAAGGAGUUAAUCUUUGUGUUAUUUAUCAAAGGGAGAUAACUACAGUCAGCCAUCACAAAGUAAUUUACAUUUUUAGGCCAGUAUAAAUCAUAAAGUUUUUUCUGAUAUAUAUCUCCCUUAGAGAGCUUUUGGUUUUGUUUUGAGAUAUAUAGACAAGGGGGCUACUUAAUCAAGUUGGCAAUAUAUUACCAGCCAACAUAACUUGCUACAGUUUGUUAAUCUUAUUGUCAUUUUUGACUGAGGAUGAUUUUGUUUUUAUCUAUAUUGCUUGCUUAAAAAAUACCAUCAAAUUUUUAAGAGUUUUAUAAGUUUGUUAUUGGACUGUUGGUUAUUUUCCUAACAGUAUUUAUUGCCUGAAUUUCAUUAUUUUAAAGUAUUUGCUUUAAACUAUUGGUAAACAUUUGAGAACAGGACCAAGGAUGUGUUGGAAAAAACAAGUAAACAAUGAAGUAAUCUUGAAGCUUAUAGAACUGAUGUUCAUUCUGAUCUUUUAUUUUUCAAAUUUAUCCCAGGUUUUGAUAGUUAUCAAAGGUUUCAGGAUUAUAAUUUAGUAUGCCUGACGCAGGUUUCGUCUACAUAAGACUCAUCAGUGAUGCUCAUAUCAAAAUAUUUAAAAAGCCAAACUAGUACAAAGUUGAAGAGCAUUGAGAAUUGAACAAGAUCUUGUGAUUCGCUAAACUUGGAGUUGGAGUAUGAACCAUUAUGCUGUCUUAUCAAUAUUUCAAUUUCCUUGGUCCUGUUCUGGGAAAAAUAAGUCAUUUUAAAAUCGAUAAUGGUAAAGGAAGACAAUCUCUAAAGCCCUUUUCCUCCCGCAUUACACUUUUGUAAUUCCCUAAAGAAGAAUGGCUGUCUGGCCUUUAAGACAUUACAGGUGAUAAUUGUUAAGGUUUUAUUUUUUACACAGCCAUUUUAGUACAUUUUGAUUUGUAUAAAAAUCCCCAUGCCUUUGUGAAACGCUUUGGCUUGUAGAUUUUUUACUGAACACUUUAAAGAUAAACAUUUAUUAUCAGAUACAACAAGAGAUGUUUUUCAUUAGAUAAAAGUAUUAUUCCUGAUUAGGAUUUCUGCUUUUGCUAAGUUUUUCAUUCAUUAAGUUAUUAAAUUUGAAUACUUCAUUUGAAUCUGUGAAGUAAUUAGUCAUGUUUUCUAUAUUAUAUCAUGUGAAUGGUCAGUAUCUGGUCAGUACCUUCAACACCAUUUAGUUUGACAACUAUGGUAUUUCAUACUAUAUAUGUGAUAUACAUUUUUAUUAUCUAUAUUUUCAUUAUAUAUGACUGAAGUGCUACACAAAUUUAUUUAUAUAGAGUGCAUUAAACUAAGGUAUAAAAUUGGUAAUUAUAUGGAGAUAUAUUCCAAAUCAUAUUCAUUUUUUCUCAAUUUUUGGAGUUCCCACAGUCAAUGCAAUUGACUUCAUACCAAUACCAAAGUUGGAAAUUAUACUCUACAAAAGUCAUCGUUAUUAAUAAAAGGAAAGCUCUUCUAGUGGUGAAAACUAUCAAAAAGAUUAAUGAUUCCCUUUUAAGUUUGAGAUAAGAGGAAAGAGGGGGGUGGGGGCUUAAAACUAAAAUACUUGAAUAAUUUUGAUAAGUUGUCAACAGUCUAUACAAAGGGGAGAUAAUAAAUGAAUCUUGCAAAGCAUAAACUCCAAAAAAAAUAUCUAUGAAUAAUUCCCUUGUGUAAUAUCUGAAAUGCAUAAAUAGACACUGAUCUCAUUUCAACCACAUAAUUCUGAAAAGUACCAUAGCCCAAAAAAUAAGGAAGAAAAUUUGUAUGUUGAGAAUAUCUGUAUAAAAUAUUGAAUAUUUUCAAAAAAAACAUGGGGGAAACAUUGGUUUAUUUAUUUAAUUAGAAUGACUUAUAUCUAUUAAACUAUGCAGAAAUUUUGUCAAGAAACAUUAAAAGCAUCUCUAAUUUAGAUGCUACCUAAAAGUCAUGGUAACCAUAAAAUAAGACAAUUUUCAUUAUAUCUGUAAGCUGUUAUUUAGUGUUAAGCUGAAGGAUCUUUCUGUGUACAUUUUAAAUUUCAGCUUAUAUUUUAGUCUCCAAAUCUGAAAUGCGUCUUUUCUUUUCCAGAAUUAUUAUUGCAUGGAUAUGAUUUGGAAAAUCACAACUUUUAUGAAAUCAAGUAUAAAAUUUUCAUUUGAACUGUACUGUCUUGAUCUUUAGAGAUUUUUGUUAGUGUGAUAAUGAUACAAUCAAAUGAAGCACUCAAAUGACUAGGAAUUAGCCUUUACUUUUAAAUCAUUCCAUUUUAUUGUGUGCUAGUGAUUGAAUGUUUGUAUCUCAGAAUGUGUGUGGAUACUGCAUUAUUUAAUUGAUACUUGUUGGAGUAUGGGCGGAUAACUCUCUGAAUGAAUUGUUGUAAAUGUAAUUAAAUCUUAUUUCAAAAAUAUUUAUGUUUCUAAUGCAAAAAAUAAAGUAAAAACCAAUAUAAAA